AGUAACACUUGGAGAGAGAAUUGCGAUUGGAGUUGAACUCAGAAACUGAACAAACAAUCAUGUCUUUCAGUUCGUGCGUUAAACCAUUCCCUUUGCAAGUACACUUGCACCCAACAACAUCAUGCUUCAACUCCCAUGUUUCUGGAACAACAACAACAACAACCUCGUCAUUGUCUCUUCCACCUCGUUCAUCUCUUGUUCUCAAACAAAACACUAUUUUACAUUCCCAACCCAAAUUUCAACUCAAACAACGUUUUUCCACCACAAUUCGCUGUUCUGCUUUGACUCCUGAAUUGAAGACCACAUUGGAUAAGGUUGUUACAUCAAACAAAAUAGUUUUGUUUAUGAAGGGUACUAAGGAUUUUCCACAGUGUGGAUUCUCAAAUACGGUUGUGCAAAUUUUGAGGUCUUUGAAUGCGUCUUUUGAAACGAUUAACAUAUUGGACAAUGAUAUGUUGCGCCAGGGACUGAAGGAAUAUUCCAGUUGGCCUACCUUUCCUCAGCUCUAUAUCGAUGGAGAGUUUUUUGGAGGAUGUGAUAUCACUGUUGAGGCAUAUAAGAAUGGAGAAUUGCAGGAACUAGUGGAGAAGGCAAUGUGCUCCUGAAGUCUCAUUUGCUGAUGAGCAUAAUCAUCACUAAGUUAUACAAUGGCUCUGGGAUGAUGGAUAUUUGUAUAAUACAUUUUGUGUCCACAAAUGUCUAUUAUGAUUAUGAGUACGAGUAUGUAUGCUACAUUGCAAUUAUUCUGGCAUUUGAAUACAAAGUAGAAUAUCUCAUUGAAUGGACAAUUAUAGUGCUAGUUGCAGCUGCAAAUGUUGUUCCAUUAAUCAAUUUUCUCACUUUUGUUAAACUGCCAUGAUCGGGAUAACUACUACAAGAUCAUUCAUUGAUUUAAAUUGUGAAA